CACAAUCACUUCCGCCGCCGCAGUCGCCGCCUGCCCCGCUGCUGUCUGGCGGGGGAGGAGCUCGAGACCGGGAGCAGUGGCUCUGGCGGUCGUGGCGGUCGGAGAUCCGAGAGCUCUGCUUCUCUGAAAAGCGUGUGGCUUUCUGGACUUGGUCUACACCUGACAGUCACUGGAAUGCUACUCCAGGCCUUAGAAGAAAGUGAAACUAAUUUUAAAGGCCCCUUAUUUUUUCUGUUACCUGCCUGCUGAAGUGAAAAUAAAUCUCCCUGCUCCUUUAUUCUAAACUGAUUUUACUUUCCCAUCUCAAAAACGUGUGCAGGGAGCAGGAGCCCUCCUACCCAAGCCCCAGCUGUAUUGGAAGCCCUCCUAAGUCAGAGUGAUGGGUCAGGAAUCUAGCAAGCCCGUAUGGCCCAAUCCAACAGGAGGGUAUCAGUCCAAUACGGGUAGGAGGUAUGGAAGAAGGCAUGCUUAUGUCAGUUUCAGGCCACCCACGAGCCAGCGGGAAAGGAUUGCCAGCCAGAGAAAGACGAACUCCAAAGUCCCAAUGCACAGAUCAGCCCCCAGUCAAACCACCAAGAGGAGCCGAUCGCCAUUUUCCACUACUCGUCGUAGUUGGGACGACAGCGAGAGUUCGGGAACUAACCUGAAUAUUAAUAAUGAGGACUAUUCCAGGUAUCCGCCAAGAGAGUACAGAGCUUCGGGUAGCAGAAGAGGAAUGGCCUAUGGACAUAUUGACUCUUAUGGGGCAGAUGAUAGUGAGGAGGAGGGGGCUGGGCCUGUUGAGCGACCGCCAGUGAGAGGGAAAACUGGCAAGUUUAAAGAUGAUAAGCUGUAUGACCCAGAGAAAGGGGCAAGGUCUUUGGCUGGGCCACCUCCACAGUUCUCUAGUUUUAGCCGUGAUGUGAGAGAGGAGCGAGACAAGUUAGACCCAGUCCCUGCAGCAAGAUGCUCAGCUAGCAGAGCUGACUUCCUGCCACAAAGUAAUGUGGCCUCACAGUCGUCUUCUGCUGAAGGCAAGGUGGCUACAAAAGGUGACAGCUUGGAGAGGGAGAGAAGGGAGCAAAAUUUACCUGCACGUCCCAGCAGGGCUCCUGUGAGUAUUUGUGGUGGUGGGGAAAACACCUCAAAGAGUGCAGAGGAACCUGUGGUCAGGCCCAAAAUCAGAAACCUGGCAAGUCCAAACUGCGUGAAACCAAAAAUUUUUUUUGAUACUGAUGAUGAUGAUGAUAUGCCACACAGUACUUCCAGGUGGAGGGAUACCGCCAAUGACAAUGAAGGCCACUCGGAUGGCCUGGCAAGAAGAGGGAGAGGUGAGAGUUCAAGUGGCUAUUCUGAGCCAAAGUACCCUGAAGACAAAAGGGAAGUGAGGAGUGACCAAGUGAAACCAGAAAAGGUGCCGAGACGACGACGCACCAUGGCCGACCCUGACUUCUGGACGCACAGUGAUGAUUACUACAAAUACUGCGACGAAGACUCUGACAGUGACAAAGAGUGGAUUGCUGCUCUGCGUCGGAAGUAUCGAAGCCGAGAGCAAACCCUGUCCUCCAGUGGUGAAAGCUGGGAGACUCUGCCGGGGAAAGAAGAGCGGGAACCUCCACAGGCUAAGGUGAGUGCCAGCACUGGCACCAGCCCCGGCCCCAGUGCUAGUGCCAGUGCUGGGGCUGGCGCCGGGGCCAGUGCUGGCAGCAAUGGCAGCAAUUACCUUGAAGAAGUUCGAGAACCAUCUCUUCAGGAAGAGCAGGCAUCCCUGGAAGAAGGAGAAAUUCCUUGGCUCCAGUACAAUGAGAAUGACAGUAGCAGUGAGGGGGAUAAUGAUUCUGGUCACGAGUUGAUGCAACCUGGGGUAUUCAUGCUGGAUGGAAACAACAACCUUGAAGAUGACUCCAGUGUGAGCGAAGACCUAGAAGUGGAUUGGAGCCUCUUUGAUGGAUUUGCAGAUGGAUUAGGAGUGGCUGAAGCCAUUUCCUACGUGGAUCCUCAGUUCCUCACCUACAUGGCACUUGAAGAACGCCUGGCCCAGGCAAUGGAAACUGCCCUUGCGCACUUGGAGUCUCUCGCAGUGGAUGUAGAGGUGGCCAAUCCACCAGCAAGCAAGGAGAGCAUUGACGCUCUUCCUGAGAUCCUGGUCACUGAAGAUCAUGGCGCAGUUGGUCAGGAGAUGUGCUGCCCCAUCUGCUGUAGCGAAUAUGUGAAGGGGGAGGUGGCAACUGAGCUGCCGUGCCACCACUAUUUCCACAAGCCGUGUGUGUCCAUCUGGCUUCAGAAGUCAGGCACCUGCCCCGUGUGCCGCUGCAUGUUCCCUCCCCCACUCUAAAGACCAAGGCUGUUUACUCCUGGUCUGAUUAUUUUCCCCAUCUGAAAUCCACAAUACUGCAGGAGCCCUCUUGAAAUUAACAAUGGAAACAAAACCAAUCAGUCAGUUAGCCUAAACCUAUUGAUUCCUCGUGAUUAUUUCCAAUGUGAAAACAGUUGUGUAUGAUUGCAUUAAAAAUCAUAUCAUCUUUUAGAGGUUAGAAAAGGGAAAACUAAACUUUCUAAAUGCUACUUGAGAUUGCAGUAAGAAGAUACGUUUUCUAACCUGAAAGUUAAAUUGCAUUUGUUUUCUUCAGUAGAAUGUGUUGCUGUUACUUGUAAUGUCAAGUUUAUCUGUUAAAUAUGUCCAAAAGGCAAAUCAUUUUUGUUGCAUGUUAUGGGUCGAUGUUCCUGUAAUUGCAGUGCCAUAAAAGCUUAUUAAAGUUGUUCUUUUGGUUUUA